AUGUCGCAGCCGCUGCGUGGCGGACGCGGUGGGCGUGCCGGCGGCGGGGCUGGCGGUGCUGGUGUUGGACGCAAGACCCCAUCCUCGUUGACGGGUCCACCGGACGAUUCGGCGAAUACCAGUGAACGUGCCACGCCCGCCAGCAAAGCCGAUUCGGAUCCCAAGGAUGAUAGCUCCAGCAAUGGCGACAAAAAGGAUUCAGAUCUAUUCCCGGCGCCCAAGCCGCCCAGCGCGGGCGCCUCCAUCCGGGAUGCCGCGAACAAGGUGCUCGCCUUGGCGAUGAAAAGCGAAUGGACGCCCAUGGAAGCGGAGCUGAAGAAACUGGAGAAAUAUGUGGCUAAUGCGGGUGAAGAUGGCAAUCACAUACCGCUCGCCGGAGUGCUCGAUUUGAACACGGGCAUGACUCCGCUGAUGUACGCCACAAAGGACAAUAGGACGGCGAUAAUGGAUCGCAUGAUUGAGCUGGGCGCCGAUGUCGGAGCACGGAAUAACGAUAAUUACAACGCGCUGCAUAUUGCGGCAAUGUAUUCGCGUGAGGAUGUCGUCAAAUUGUUGCUGACGAAACGCGGCGUUGAUCCCUUCUCCACCGGAGGUUCGCGCUCACAAACUGCGGUGCAUUUGGUGUCCAGUCGUCAAACGGGCACCGCCACAAAUAUCCUCAGAGCUCUACUCGCAGCCGCUGGCAAGGAUAUACGCGUGAAGGCAGACGGCCGUGGCAAAAUCCCAUUGCUGCUGGCCGUGGAGUCGGGCAACCAGUCCAUGUGCAGAGAACUUUUGGCUGCACAAACGGCGGAACAACUGAAGGCAACGACGGCCAAUGGAGACACGGCCUUGCAUUUGGCCGCCAGACGGCGAGACGUCGAUAUGGUCCGCAUUCUGGUUGAUUACGGCACCAAUGUGGACACACAGAACGGCGAGGGCCAGACGCCGCUGCACAUCGCCGCCGCCGAGGGUGACGAGGCGCUACUCAAGUACUUCUACGGGGUGCGUGCAUCCGCCUCCAUAGCGGACAAUCAAGAUCGCACACCCAUGCACUUGGCCGCCGAGAAUGGACACGCUCAUGUCAUCGAGAUCCUGGCGGACAAAUUCAAGGCGAGCAUCUUCGAGCGCACCAAGGAUGGCAGCACACUGAUGCACAUUGCAUCACUUAAUGGCCAUGCUGAGUGCGCCACGAUGCUCUUCAAGAAGGGUGUCUAUCUGCACAUGCCCAACAAGGAUGGCGCCCGCAGCAUACACACUGCCGCCGCCUACGGUCACACUGGCAUCAUCAAUACCCUGCUGCAGAAGGGCGAAAAAGUGGACGUGACCACCAAUGAUAACUAUACGGCACUGCAUAUAGCUGUGGAGUCAGCGAAGCCCGCUGUUGUGGAAACGCUGCUCGGCUUCGGCGCCGAUGUGCAUGUGAGAGGGGGUAAGCUGCGGGAGACGCCGCUGCACAUUGCGGCACGGGUCAAAGAUGGAGAUCGCUGUGCCCUGAUGCUGUUGAAGUCCGGAGCGAGUCCGAAUCUGACGACCGAUGACUGCCUGACGCCGGUGCAUGUGGCCGCGAGUCACGGAAAUCUGGCGACGCUGAUGCAACUGCUGGAGGAUGGCGGCGAUCCGCUGUACAAGUCCAAUACCGGGGAGACACCUUUGCACAUGGCUUGUAGGUCGUGUCAUCCGGAGAUUGUGCGUCAUCUGAUUGAGACGGUGAAGGAGAAACACGGUCCGGAUAAGGCCACCACGUACAUCAAUUCUGUGAACGAUGAUGGCGCCACGGCGCUGCAUUAUACUUGCCAAAUUACCAAGGAGGAGGUGAAAAUACCCGAGUCCGAUAAGCAAAUCGUGCGCAUGCUACUCGAGAACGGAGCCGAUGUGACGCUCCAGACGAAGAACGCACUGGAGACGGCCUUCCACUAUUGCGCCGUCGCGGGCAACAAUGAUGUGCUGAUGGAGAUGAUCUCGCACAUGAAUCCCACGGACAUACAGAAGGCCAUGAAUCGACAGUCGUCGGUGGGCUGGACACCGCUGCUGAUCGCCUGCCAUCGGGGGCACAUGGAGCUGGUCAACAAUCUUUUAGCGAAUCAUGCGAGGGUCGAUGUCUUCGAUACGGAGGGGCGCUCGGCGCUGCAUCUGGCCGCGGAACGGGGCUUUCUGCACGUGUGCGAUGCGCUGCUAACGAACAAGGCCUUCAUCAAUUCCAAGUCCCGGGUGGGACGCACCGCACUGCAUUUGGCGGCGAUGAAUGGAUUUACGCAUCUGGUGAAGUUCCUCAUCAAGGAUCACAAUGCGGUGAUUGAUAUAUUGACGCUGCGCAAGCAGACGCCGCUGCAUCUGGCGGCAGCCAGUGGGCAAAUGGAGGUGUGCCAGCUGCUGCUGGAGCUGGGCGCCAACAUCGAUGCGACAGACGAUCUGGGCCAGAAGCCCAUCCAUGUCGCCGCACAGAAUAACUACUCUGAAGUGGCCAAAUUGUUCUUGCAGCAGCAUCCAUCGCUGGUGAAUGCCACCAGUAAGGAUGGCAACACUUGUGCCCAUAUUGCUGCCAUGCAGGGAUCCGUCAAGGUGAUCGAGGAGCUCAUGAAGUUCGAUCGAUCCGGCGUGAUAUCAGCUAGAAAUAAGUUGACCGAUGCCACGCCCCUACAGCUAGCCGCCGAGGGCGGACAUGCGGAUGUGGUUAAAGCUCUGGUGCGUGCCGGCGCCUCCUGCACCGAGGAGAACAAAGCCGGCUUCACGGCUGUGCAUUUGGCCGCCCAGAAUGGGCAUGGCCAGGUGCUGGAUGUGCUCAAGAGCACCAAUUCGCUUCGCAUCAAUAGCAAAAAGCUUGGCCUAACGCCCCUGCACGUCGCCGCCUAUUACGGCCAGGCGGACACUGUACGCGAACUCCUGACCAGCGUGCCGGCCACGGUCAAGUCGGAGACGCCCACGGGCCAAAGUUUGUUUGGAGAGCUGGGCACCGAGUCGGGCAUGACACCACUGCAUCUGGCCUCAUUUUCGGGCAAUGAGAAUGUGGUGCGAUUGCUGCUGAACUCGGCGGGUGUGCAAGUGGAUGCAGCUACCGUGGAGAACGGUUACAAUCCACUCCAUUUGGCUUGCUUCGGUGGACACAUGUCAGUGGUUGGUUUGCUUCUGAGUCGGUCGGCGGAACUCCUGCAAUCCACGGAUCGUAAUGGUCGCACUGGUCUGCAUAUCGCUGCCAUGCAUGGCCAUUUCCAGAUGGUGGAGAUACUGCUCGGCCAGGGCGCUGAGAUAAAUGCAACCGAUCGAAAUGGUUGGACGCCACUGCAUUGUGCUGCCAAAGCCGGUCACUUGGAUGUGGUAAAGCUGCUGUGCGAGGCGGGCGCCUCCCCCAAGUCGGAGACUAACUAUGGCUGUGCGGCUAUUUGGUUUGCCGCAUCCGAGGGUCAUAACGAGGUGUUGCGCUAUCUGAUGAACAAAGAACACGACACGUACGGCCUGAUGGAGGACAAACGCUUUGUCUACAACCUGAUGGUCGUGUCCAAGAAUCACAAUAAUAAGCCAAUACAAGAGUUUGUGCUGGUCUCCCCAGCACCCGUGGAUACAGCAGCCAAAUUAUCCAACAUCUAUAUAACACUCUCGACCAAGGAGAAGGAGCGCGCCAAGGACCUGGUGGCCGCUGGCAAACAAUGUGAGGCUAUGGCCACGGAACUCCUGGCUCUGGCCGCCGGCUCCGAUUCCGCUGGCAAGAUACUGCAGGCCACAGACAAGCGGAACAUGGAAUUUCUCGAUGUGCUAAUCGAGAACGAGCAGAAGGAAGUCAUUGCUCAUACGGUGGUCCAGCGAUACUUGCAAGAACUGUGGCACGGCUCAUUGACAUGGGCAUCGUGGAAGAUAAUGUUGCUGCUGGUUGCAUUUAUCGUUUGCCCGCCUGUAUGGAUUGGCUUCACAUUUCCGAUGGGGCACAAGUUUAACAAGGUGCCGAUCAUCAAGUUUAUGUCCUACCUCACCUCGCACAUAUACCUCAUGACACACCUGAGCAUUGUGGGCAUAACGCCCAUCUAUCCGGUACUGCGUCUGAGUCUGGUCCCCUACUGGUACGAAAUAGGCCUGCUCAUUUGGUUGAGCGGUUUACUUUUGUUCGAGUUGACGAAUCCUUCGGACAAAUCGGGAUUGGGAUCCAUAAAGGUGCUCGUCCUGCUGCUGGGCAUGGCCGGAGUGGGCGUUCAUGUGGUCGCCUUUCUCUUCGUUUCCAAGGAGUAUUGGCCCACAUUGGUCUAUUGCCGUAAUCAGUGCUUCGCCCUGGCCUUUCUGCUGGCCUGUGUACAGAUCCUCGACUUUCUGUCGUUCCAUCAUCUGUUCGGACCCUGGGCCAUCAUCAUUGGCGAUCUGCUUAAGGAUCUGGCGAGAUUUCUCGCCGUGCUCGCCAUCUUUGUGUUUGGCUUCUCCAUGCAUAUUGUGGCGUUGAAUCAAUCAUUUGCCAACUUUACGCCCGAGGAUCUGCGCAGUUUCGAGAAGAAGAAUCGCAAUCGCGGCUACUUCAGUGACGAUGAUAUGCCCACCCCACGACCUCCGCCCGUGGAGAGUUAUGUCGAUAGUCGCUUCAGCGAAUUCCGUCGCAAACACAAAGAUGAUCGACCCAUGACACCAUUUCUGGCUUUCGAGCGUCUGUUCUUCGCCGUUUUCGGACAAACGACCACCGUGGACAUCAAUCCCAUGCGACAUUUGCGUCCCGAGUGGACCGAGGUGCUGUUCAAAUUUGUCUUUGGCAUCUAUUUGUUAGUGUCUGUGGUUGUACUCAUUAACCUGCUAAUUGCCAUGAUGUCGGAUACUUAUCAGCGCAUACAGGCACAAUCCGACAUCGAAUGGAAAUUUGGCCUAUCCAAGCUUAUACGCAAUAUGCAUCGCACCACAACAGCGCCAUCGCCGCUUAAUUUAGUUACCACCUGGUUUAUAUGGAUCGUCGAGAAGGUCAAGGCACGCAUGAAGAAAAAGAAGCGUCCAAGUCUGGUUCAGAUGAUGGGCAUACGUCAGGCCAGUCCACGCACCAAAGCCGGCGCCAAGUGGCUAUCGAAGAUCAAGAAAGACUCGGUGGCCCUGUCCCAGGUGCAUCUGUCGCCUCUGGGCUCUCAGGCCAGCUUCUCGGCUGCCAAUCAGAAUCGCAUCGAGAAUGUUGCCGAUUGGGAGGCGAUUGCGAAAAAAUAUCGCGCGCUCGUUGGCGAUGAGGAGGGCGGCUCUCUCAAGGACUCGGAUGCGGAGAGUGGCUCGCAGGAGGGCGGCGGCGGCGGUGGGCCACAAGGGCCGGCACAGGUCUAAGCAUCAUCCCACUCUGCCUACUACUACUUCUACUACUACUUCUACUACUACUACUACUACUACUACUUUCUACUCUUUCAAAACUUC